GCUUUGAAAUCUUUGGAUAUUGACAAACACAAAUCUGACAUUAUUUAUUUAUAGAGGAGAUCAAUCAAUUGAAGCUGCAACGUUAGAAAAGAAAACAAUUGCAAGCGGUUCGGUGCUGGAAAACAGACUUGGGGAAGGCUUACAGAGCGGAAAGAACCAGAGGGCACAGUGCGACGGUAAAAACUUCUGAGGUAACAAAGGAGAUUCAUUUCAGAUUCCAUUUGGCUGAGAAAACCGUGGCUUACCGGAAGGUGAAAGUUUGAUGGGAGGUGAUUGGCCGAAAUUUUCUGGGUUGGCCGAAUAGUUUUCCGACUCUCCCUGUGGCGGUCGAUGGUGGAGAAGGAGCAAAUCACACAGAAAAACUAACCUUCGGCGUCUUUGGGUGUCUUCCGACGGCGGCGAGAUUGAACAACUAUUGAGGAUUAACUUUCAACAUUUUCGUAAUAAUUAAGAAGAACUGAAAGCGGUUUGAAAGAAAUGGAAGAUGAUCAUGAUGUGGAACAGGUAUCUGAAACCAAUAGUCAACAAUCAAAUGGGAGUACUUCAGAUGCAGCUCACAAGGCAAAUUUUGACAUUGGCGAAGAAUUGAAAGAUGACAAUCUAAAUGAAGAUCAAAGGCGUACACCAAGAGUCCAAACACGUGAGCAACCUAGAAGAUUAGUAAAAACUGUUCGUAGUCAACAUGCUAGCCGAAUCAACGAGAGUACCUCGGAUGCAACUCGCUCGACAGCUUUUGAAAAUAUUGAUCAUGAAGAAAAAGAUGCUAAUUUUGAUAUAAUUGGUCACGAAGAAGUAGCUACUAAGUCUGGCAUUGUUCCCAAUAAAGCAACAGCUUUUGGCAUUGGUGGAGAAGAAGAUGACAAUCUAAAUGAAGAUUUCUAUGAAGAUCAGAGGCGUACGCCAAAAGUCCAAAUGCGUGAGCAACGUAGAAGAUUAGGAAAAACUGUUCCUAGUCAGCAUGCUAGCCAAAUCAAUGAGAGUACUUCGAAUGCAGUUUGCCCACCAGCUUUUGAAAAUAUUGAUCAUGAAGAAGAAGCUGCUAAUUUCGACAUUGUUCCUAAAGAAGCAGCUGUUUUUGACAUUGGUGAAGAAUUGGAAGGUGACAAUCCAAAUGAAGAUCAGAGGCGUACGUCAAGAGUCCAAACACGUGGAGAAGAUGAUGACUAUUGGAAUGAAGAUAGACAAAAAUCAGGAUUAGAUAUAAUUCGAAAAUGUGAGAGACAAAAACCUGUUAUCAUUAGCAGAUCAGGAUGGUCGACAAUGAAAGUUCCUGCACCUAUGUUCAAAGUCGACAAAGGUGCUUAUGUCCCCAAGAUUGUCUCUAUUGGUCCAUUUCAUUAUAAUGAACCAAGUCUACGAGCCAUGCAAACUCAAAAACGGCGGUUUCUUAAUCGCCUUAUUCAAAACAAGACAGGGCAGCCUAUCCUUAAAGAAAAUCUUAAAAAUGCCAUGAGAGAAUUGGAGGAAAUGACCAGAAAUUUUUAUGCAGAAGACUUUCAGGCUAUAAAGUCUAAUGAUUUUGUGCAGAUGAUGCUCCUUGACGGCUGCUUCAUUGUAGAAAUCCUACGUUUAUACGAGAAAAAAUAUGUGGGGGAGCCUAUUUUUGAAACACGAUGGAUACUUUCAAAUAUCUCUCGCGAUUUACUUUUGUUGGAGAACCAACUCCCUAUGUUUGUACUGCAGAAGAUUUUUGAACUUACUACCGGGGAAGGAGAGGCAAGUCCCGAUCUGAAUACGCUUGCUCUUGGAUUUUUUAAACCCUUGAGACUUGGGAAGGAUGAAUUUGCGACACUUAAGUUGAAAAAGUGCACCGAUGGGUAUAUACAUCUGUUGGCUUUGUUUCACUCUACCUUAACUUCAAAGGAUAACAUAUACCCAAAGCAGCUUGCAAAGAGGGAAAAGAAAAAAAAACAUCUUAUUCGUCCUGGGAAAGGUUGGGUGCAUAAUGCCAAAACACUUCGUUAUGCUGGUAUUGAGUUAAAAAACAAUUCUGAUAGCAUUCUUGACAUACAGCUUAAAGGCAAGACGUUGAAUAUUCCGACCAUGACCAUCCAUGAUGGCACCAGCCCUUUGUUGAGGAACUUGAUAGCCUAUGAACAAAACAACCGCUCUGCAGCUCCAUAUUUUUGCUGUCUUGCAGUGUUCUUGGGCAGUAUAGUGGAUACGAUCGAGGAUGUCAAGAUUCUUCGUGAUGCCGGGAUUAUCAAACAGGCAAAGGGUGGAGACGAGGAGGUGGCAAAUCUUCUCAACAAUCUCACUAAUGGGCUGGUGUUUGAUAUUGAUAAGGAGGACUGCUACAUGAUAGAGCAAAUCGAAAACAUCAACCGUCUUUGUCAAGCACACAACACUAGAGUUCAAUUUCGCCAUCUUGUCUAUAGGUUGAACUACAAGGGAUUACUUAUAACAUAUGCUUCCAUCCUGGUUACAAUCAUCUUUUCCCUUUUAGCUGCUAAGUUUGCAAGUUACAACCCCUUAGCUAAUCAGCACUAUUCACAGCCAGAACCUCUACCUCCACCUCCACCUCCACCUCAACUUCCACCUCUGUAUCUGCAUCCACCUUCACCUUCACCUCUACCUCUACCUUCGCACUUGUAUACACCUCCACCUCCACCUCCACCUUCACCUCCACCUCCACCUCCAUCUCCUUAUCUGCGUCCACCUCCACCUCUAUCCUAUUUGCCUUUCCCUCUACCUCCACCUUCAUGGCCAGAACCUCCACCUCCACCUCCACUUCAACCUCCACCUCCGUAUCUGCAUCCACCUCCACCUUCACCUCUACCUUCGCACUUGCAUACACCUCCACCUCCACCUCCACCUCCACCUCCACCUCCACCUCCGCCUCUACCUCCACCUUCACCUCCACAUCUGUGUCCACCUUCACCUCCACCUCCACCUCCGCAUCUGCGUCCACCUCCACCUCUGUAUUUGCAUCCACCUCCACCUCCACCUUCACCUCCGCAUCUGCGUCCACCUCCACCUCCAUCUUCGUAUCUGCAUCCACCUCCACCUCCACCUCCUCAUUUGCCUCCACAUUUGUGUCCACCUCUACCUCCACCUUCACCUCCACCUCUACCUCAGCAUCUGUGUCCACCUUCACCUCCACUUCCGCCACCUCCAUCUCCGUAUCGGCGUCCACCUCCACCUCUACCUCUGCAUUUGCCUCCGCAUUUGUGUCCACCUCUACCUUCACCUUCACCUCCACCUCUACCUCCACAUCUGCGUCCACCUCCACCUCUGUAUCUGCGUCCACCUCCACCUCCACAUCUGCGUCCAUCUCUACCUCCACCUCCACCUCUACCUCCGCAUUUGCCUCGGCAUUUGUGUCCAGCUCCACCUCCAGUUCCAGCUCCAGCUCCACCUUCACCUCUGCAUCUGCGUCCACCUCCACCUCCACCUCCGCAUCCGUGUAAAUGUCCAUAAACAUUACGACAAAAAUAAAACAUAAUUUGAAAUGGUUGAUGCAGGUUUAUCUGGUGGAGUUGACAUUGAUGAUUGAGUCCCGCGUUUGCAAAUCAUUUAGCUUAAUAUUGGUUUUUUAAUAAAAUUGAGAGUAUUCUGAAUCUCAUGUAGAAGUGUUUUUUCAUUUUUUGUUUUUUUGUUUUUUGUUUUUUGUUUUUGUUUUUGUUUUUUAAAUCAAGUUGUGGAUGCUAUGUUGUUGUUUCA